UCACCUGGGGCCUGGGGCUUCCCAUCGGCAAAAAAAUUGGCCGAGCAUCGCCCGGCGGAGCCAUGGUGCCAUAACUUUCCUGUGCAGGGCGCCUCUCAAUGGCUGCAGAUGUCGCGAAGCUAUGUGCCAGCUUGGACAAGAUUUUCAAAACCUUCUCGACCCAGGAGAUCCAAUUGGACCCCAAGGAGAUGAAGACUUUCCGAGAACGUGGAACAAUGCAGUACAUCGAGCAGAAGUUUCAGGCUCAUUUGCAACGUGCCCGUGCUGCUUUCCUCCAAGAGUUCCGCAAUCAUGCAGUGGUCGUCGAGACCGAGGUGCGGAAGAUUCGAGAAGAAAUGACUGAGAAAAUGGAGGACAAGUAUGGCAAGAUGCUUGGGGAACUCCGGGAAUCGGUGAUGGGCACCGAGGGCUUGGUACAAGCGCAGAAAGCCGAGAUCUCCCAGCUGAAAGGCGUUGUGGCUGCUCAAGAGACCUACAUGACGGCGGCGAAACAUAAGGAGCAUUUGGAGGGCCUUAAUCAAUCUCUCGAGAAACAGCUUGAGAAUGCCAGAGAUGAAAUUGCUGAUUUGAAGCAUCAAUUGGCCUGCCGCGAGGAGAUGCUACGGCAGGUGACGCACGACGUGGCGCAGACGGAGCUGGAGCUGAACCGCCACAGGGCCAGCAGCGAGGAGGAGAAGCGAGAAGCAGAAGAGCGCUAUCAAGUUCUACACAAAGCCAUGCAGCAACAGCAGAAACAAUUCUCGGAGCACAUUCAGCGCUACUCGCAGGAGUUUCACCAGUACAAAGAAAAGGCCUCAGAUCAGAUGCAGAUCUUGGCCAUUCUGAAUCGAAGGCUCAAAGAGGCGCUUCGCAACAUGGAGGAGGAACGCCAGCGAUUCAUCCUGGCUCGCAGCAAACCAACUCCGCGCAUCGGCGAGGAAGUGGAGGAGGAACUCCCAGAGGAACCAGUGGAUCUGGAUCCCAGCCCGGUGUAUCGAACUGAUGACAUGGGGAUGGACACUGCCUGGCGAGACUACAAGAUCAGCAAUAUGGAGCUGGUGAUUCCAGCCUCUAGGCCUAUGCCCAGAUUCAAGGUGGACCGCGUCCGCCGCGCCGUGCCGAGCCCCGGCACCGGGGGCACCGGCACGCCCGGGAGUCGAGGGACGCCACGGAGCCGCCCGGUGCCCUCGCAGCUGCUGCAGCUGCCGCAAGUGGCGCCGGAACUAGGCACAGUGCUAGCGCCACGGAGGGAUUCUUGAGAUCGAGGGAAGACGCGUUUCACCACGAAGGGACGAUUUCUGAAUUUCUGAAGUUCGGAAAUGGUUUGUAUAAGUGGCUUAAUGUAGAUCCCAAUAAAUGUGGAAUGUGUAUAUAAAUGGAUAUAAAUAUUAUAUUUUAAUUUUUCCCCUAG